AUGGCAGAAGAUUCCCAACAAGAAGAGCACUUCGACGUUCUCACCAAAGACGGUGUCAAAACGGGAAUUACCAAACCCAGAGGACAAGUUCAUCGCGAUGGAGAUUACCAUCGCGCCGUUCACGUUUGGAUUUUCGCCGAGAGCACACAUCAGUUACUUCUCCAACGCCGUGCUUCUUGCAAAGAUUCGUGGCCUAAUCUUUGGGACAUUUCCAGCGCCGGUCACAUCUCUGCCGGUGAUUCCUCUCUCGUCACUGCUAGGAGGGAGCUGGAAGAAGAGUUAGGUAUAACCCUUCCCAAGGAUGCAUUCGAAUUGAUAUUUGUUUUCCUACAAGAGUGUGUUACAAAUGAUGGAAAGUUCAUCAAUAACGAAUAUAAUGACGUGUUUCUGGUAACUAUUAUAGAUCCAAUACCUUUGGAAGCUCUUACACUUCAGGAAACUGAAGUUUCUGCUGUUAAAUAUAUCGCUUAUGACGAGUAUAAAAGGUUGCUGGCCAAAGAAGAUUCAGACUAUGUCCCUUAUGAUGUUCAUGGACAAUAUGGUCAACUAUUUGAUUUAAUUGAGAAGAGGUACAAAGAGAAUACCGAAGCACGCAGUUUGACUUUACAAAAGCAAUUAAGUCGCUAUGCUCCUGUUUCUCUCAAUGUAGAGUUGACAGGACUUACAGAUUCAGACAAAGAGGCUCUUCUUUUUAUUGUCAAGGCUGCAAGUGUUAUGGAUGAAAUUUUUUCUCUGCAGUCGUGGUACAGUAAUCCAGCUCUUAGAGAAUGGUUGAAGGAACAAGCAGAUACGUCAGAGUUAAAUAAGUUGAAAUGGUCCUAUUAUCAGAUAAACAAGAGUCCAUGGUCUUGCCUUGAUGAUGAUGAGGCAUUUUUGACAACUGCAGAUUCAGCAAUAAGGCUGCUCUCUAAAGCAGCUAGGACAGUUAGAGAGUGGAAGGGUCUGGAAUACAGAGCAGCAUUCCCAAUCCUUAAACCUGCCGGUGCUAAUUUCUACCCCCCUGACAUGGACAAAAUGGAGUUCAAUUUAUGGAAUGACAGUCUAGCAAAGGAUCAACAGACAGAGGCAGCAAGCUUUUUCACUGUUAUUAAAAGGCACAGUGAGUUUAUUUUAGAUUCUGGUCUGUCCAAUGAUAAAGUAGCUUCUUCUAAGGAUCUGUACAUAGUUCCUUAUUCUCAAGAAUACAAGUCUCUUCUUGUAAAAGCUGCUAAAUUAUUGCAUAAAGCUGGAGACAUUACUAACUCAACAAGUUUGAAGAAGCUGCUACAUAGCAAGGCUGAUGCUUUCCUUUCAAAUGAUUAUUAUGAGUCUGACAUAGCCUGGAUGGAAUUGGACUCUAAGUUGGAUAUCACAAUCGGGCCAUAUGAAACUUACGAAGACAAACUUUUUGGAUAUAAGGCUACCUUUGAAGCAUAUAUUGGAAUCAGAGACGAUGAGGCAACAGCUCAAUUGAAACUUUUUGGUGAUAAUCUGCAGCUUCUGGAGCAAAAUCUUCCAAUGGAUAAUGCAUACAAAUCAAAAUAUGUGAGCGCAGCACCUAUUCGUGUCAUCCAACUUCUAUAUAAUUCAGGGGAUGUCAAGGGACCACAAACUCUUGCUUUCAAUCUGCCAAAUGAUGAGCGCAUUGUAAAAGACAGGGGAACAUCGAUGGUCAUGCUUAAGAAUGUUUCAGAGGCUAAGUUCAAUCAUAUUCUUUUACCUAUAGCCAGUGCCUGUGUUGCCGAGGAACAACAAGAACUUGUAGAUUUUGAAUCGUUUUUUACUCAUACAAUUUGCCAUGAAUGCUGCCAUGGAAUUGGACCUCACACAAUAACACUUCCAAAUGGUAAAGAGUCGACUGUGAGACUGGAAUUGCAAGAAUUUAACUCAGCUCUGGAAGAAGCAAAAGCUGAUAUAGUUGGCCUCUGGGCAUUGAGGUUCUUAAUCUCCCAGGACAUGCUUUCCGAAAGCUUAUUGAAGUCCAUGUAUGUUUCUUUUCUUGCUGGAUGCUUUCGCUCUGUACGAUUUGGCUUAGAGGAAGCUCACGGAAAAGGACAAGCAUUGCAGUUCAACUGGCUAUAUGAGAAAGGAGCAUUUGUCUUGCAUUCUGAAGAUACAUUUUCUGUUGAUUUUUCCAAGAUUGAAGGUGCAGUUGAAGGCCUGAGCAGGGAGAUACUCACCAUACAAGCCCAAGGUGAUAAAGAGGCUGCUGGCUUGUUUCUUAAGAAAUAUGGUGUGAUGACAGAACCAUUGGAAGUUGCUCUGGAAAAGUUAGAGAAUAUUCAGGUACCUGUUGAUGUGUCUCUUACCUUCCCCGUUGCUGACAAAAUAUUGCAAUGA